AGCUCACAGUGUUAUGUUACAGAAGGAAUUGGGAAUCGGCAUCGUCACCGUUGUGAGAACGAAAACGAGCUGUCCAGAUUCUAAGAUUCCAUUAAGUUGCGUACUUCCUCCGAUCCACUCUCCAUCUCUCAGUCUUCCACCGUAAAGCGUGCCCUCCUCGCGAUCCCCUCCCCCUCGAUCGUCGUCUUUCCCAAAUCAGCGCCGUUUUACGAUGCAGACUCUGCAGCAGAAGGCCUCCGAAUGGAGCGGAGUUCCCACCGCCGAUGCUUUCGCCAUUGAUGACACCAAUCUCUUUGAUAAACUCGGCCUUCAAACCUUCAUUAACCUCUCCACUAAUUUCUACAAUAGGGUGUAUGAUGAUGAGGAAGAAUGGUUUAGAUCAAUCUUUGCUGGUUCAAAUAAGGAAACCGCAAUUCAGAACCAAUAUGAAUUCUUCGUCCAAAGAAUGGGUGGUCCUCCUCUGUUUUCACAGAGAAGAGGACAUCCUGCUCUGAUUGCACGACAUCGACCAUUUCCUGUGACACAUCAAGCAGCAGAGAGGUGGUUACAUCAUAUGCGACAAGCACUGGACAGUACAUCAGACAUAGAUGAUGACUCCAAGAUCAAAAUGAUGAACUUUUUUAGGCACACUGCAUAUUUUCUGGUGGCUGGGGAUGAGCUGAAGAAUCAGAACCAGCAGAUACCAUGCAAGCAUGCAACCACCAAGCAGCAACAGUGAUAGAAUCUUAAGGAUAUUAUAUAUUUCUCUCUGAACGAUGAUGAAACGAAGAAAUAUAUCAUUCUUAAAGUUAUGCGCUCUGCUAAACGCAUAAAACCCAUUAAUUAAUGAAUGAUUAUUGGAAUAUACAACUUCCUAUUUUUUUGGUCAGUCUUUUUUAUUGGCGCAUCUGAGACAUUCUGUAUUAUCUAUUUAUUAUUAUUAUUAUUUUUGGCCGAGGGAGACAUUCUGUAUUAUACUGUUAUCUGGUUCGAGAAAAAAUAAUCAUUCUU